UUGAGCAACGCACAGGGUCACUCCAACGUUAGUCAGAUGUGUAUAUAAGUACUAUAAACGCAGCAGGCUGAAAACCCUAUCAUGGUCGUGGAUUACCCAAUAUGUCUGCCUGCUUCACCUUUUCUCUCUUUCUUUUUUCUUUCAUCCUGGCACCACGAUUACAUUUCUUUCCAUUCUGCCAUGAGCGAUCUGAAUUGGUGCCCUGUCUGCGAUCAGAAGAUUUUCUCUGGAAAUGCCUUGUAUUGCAGCCAAGCAUGCCUACGUGAUGAUGCUCUCAGACGAAAUCCAUUAUUAGGAUACGAUUUCAGCGAGUUGCAAGAUUUCCCUCGCCCGUAUAGUAACAAACAAGCUUCUCGUCGGUCAUUUUCGUCAACGUCUUCGGCGACAUCUUCGCUCGUAUCGUCGCCUAACGUUUCGCCGAUCACCUUUCCAACACCGCAUUACAAGCUCUCCCCACCAGCAUUUGACCUGGGGCGGAUUCAACCAUAAACCAUUCGGCCCAUGCAUCGGCCACCUCACACACUUUGUAUAUAAUCACAUCAAAGAAAAGAAAAAAAAACCCCCACACCUGUUUAACCUCUUUUUUGGCUUGUUCAGCGAGCGAUAUGUAACUUACUGUAUAAUAAACAUUUUCGAACGAUAAGGAAAUCAUCUCCCAUCUUAUCGUCGGUCCAACA